AUGGGAGUGUUCAAUUUCCUUGACAAGCCCGUCUUUAGCAGCCGUUUCAAGUUCCCUAUCCAUAUCGCUCAAGUCGUUCUGGUUAUUCUCGCCAUCGCCCUCACGCUUCCUCGUCUGUUCAUUACCAAUGUUCCGCGCACGCGAGCAAGCACAUAUACAUUGGGCAUGGGUGCCAAAUCCCUCAUCCUACUCGUAUACCUCAUACUUUCAGAGCAUAGUCCACGUUUCCAACGUUGGCACAGUUACAAAGCGCAUGCCAUAAUCAGCUGUAUUGAGGUUAUCUUCUGGAGUGUAGUUGCCGGUAUGAUGUUUUCAACCAAUCUCAGCUAUUGCAAAGGGCCAACAUGUGGUCUUGGUUGGGUAGUAGUCAUCAUCGCCAUUGUCAUCGUUAAUUCUGAGAUCAUCGUCGCAGGAAUCUGCAUCAAAGAGUUCCGUGAGUGGAAAAGUGCAGGAAAGCCAAAGUCAGCGAAGCAGCAGCACACCCGUCGCCCCGCAUCCGACGAAGAGGAAGUCGUUCAAACACGAGCCGAGCGUCCGAAAGAAGCGCCAGUCCAAGCCACCGAACAAGCAUACUUCCAGUCUGAGCGACGACACUCUCAACGCAGCCACUCCAUGCAUCACGGCGAGUCGCUAUGGGAGGCUCAGCGUACUCCACGAUCCCCCCGAAAGGAGCGUCAACACCGUUCUCAUCGCUCCGAAGAUCGUACACGUGAGCUGGAAGAGCGUUCCAUGCAUGAGAUGGAGGAGCCACGUUAUGCUGAACAUCAGCAAUAUACGUCGAGAGAGUCGCGGCACUAGUAUGAGCAUUGUGCACAGAUAUUCAUCAUUGCGAUGAUAAUCUAA